AUGGCAGACAACUCAACAACUCCCUUGGCUGUCGACACCUCCCACCGUCCUCGAACUCCAUCCUUACCUACUCCGGUCGGCUCCAAAACCCCUCCCACGAUCUCGAGCAAGCGGUUUCUGGGAAACGACGAGGGCAUGUCGGCAAUACAGCGUGCUACAGAAGCCAUGGAGACGGAUGCUCUGCAACGGCGGUUGAAGGAGAUCGAGAGCGCAGGAAGGCAGAGAGAGAGAACACCAGGGCGGAGUCCCAGCCGGAAGAGACAGCGAGUUUACGGAGAUCGGUUCAUCCCCAAUAGAGACGGACAAGACUUGCAAGCAAGUUACAGCUUGCUGCACGAUGACGGAUCUCCAGCCACGCCAUCGAGAUCAAAGAAGAAGGCUCCGAACGGCGAGCUCCAUUUCCAGCGCACCGAAGAAGCCAAUCGAACCUAUACAAAAGUGUUGCGCAAUGAGUUGAUGGGCGAUUCAGUACCUCAGGACUAUCGAUCUCUUUCACCGGACGAUCUUUUUGGCCGCCGUCAGACUCCUCCCGGACAACCCUCCGCUUCAGCCUUGCCGCCAGCGUCAAUCACUCCAACCACUCCUCAUAAGAAUAUGUUUUCGUACAAUUCUCCUCAGAAAGUGAUAGGGUCGGGCCAUCCUACGCCCUCCUCAAGAGCUGGGAAGCAUCCAGGCAUUAUCAACUUGAACGCCAGAUCCGACCUGUACUCUAUAUCACCUAUCAACUACUCCUCUCAGUCCAUCCUGCAGACCCCCCGAAAGCAGCCUCGACCCAUCGCCAAAGUGCCGUACAAAGUGCUUGAUGCUCCCGAACUCGCGGAUGAUUUCUACCUGAACUUGGUGGAUUGGGGAUCGGCAAACAUUCUCGGUGUCGGGCUUGGGUCGUGUGUUUACAUGUGGAACAGUACGACGGGCAAAGUGACUCAACUGUGCAAGUUGCCUGACAACGAUCUGGUGACGUCGGUCGCCUGGAUUCAACGAGGUUCCCAUAUCGCCGUUGGGACACACAAAGGCUUCGUCCAGAUCUAUGAUGCCGAGAAAUCCCGAAGGUUACGGACAAUGACCGGUCAUUCGGCGCGAGUUGGUGCGCUGGCCUGGAACGACCAUAUCCUGACCUCUGGAUCAAGAGAUCGCCUAAUCUAUCACCGAGACGUCCGCAGUCCCGACCAGUACUUGAGACGUUUGGCAGGACAUAAACAGGAAGUCUGUGGACUGCGAUGGAACACUGAGGAUGGUCAGCUUGCUUCGGGCGGAAACGACAACAAGCUGUGUGUAUGGGACAAACUCUCCGAGACACCUCUGUAUCGAUUUUCGAACCAUGUGGCCGCAGUGAAAGCCAUUGCCUGGAGUCCUCAUCAGCACCACUUGCUAGCAUCCGGUGGUGGCACCGCAGAUCGCACCAUCAAGUUUUGGAACACUGCAACUGGCUCACUAAUCAAGGAAAUCGAUACAGGAAGUCAGGUCUGUAACCUGGCUUGGAGCAAGAACAGCGACGAAAUCGUCAGCACCCACGGUUACAGCCAAAAUCAAAUCGUGGUGUGGAAGUAUCCAAAGAUGGAACAGGUUGUCAGCCUGACUGGACAUACGUUCCGCGUCCUCUACUUGAGCACGAGUCCUGAUGGUACCACCGUCGUGACAGGGGCCGGCGAUGAGACACUGCGAUUCUGGCGAGUAUUUGGCAAGAAAGGCAACGAAGGCAGGAACAGUGAUGGUCUCUCAGGGAGAUUGGGCGAUUGGGGCGCCAUUCGCUGA